GUUAUAUAUAAGUAUUGAUGUGAGUGUCAUUUGACUAGGUGGUCGCCAUCUUGGUCAGAGAGCAGAGCAGCUGCCGGGAGUCAACAACAAUGCUCUCCAGACUAGCCACCCGCUCUGUCCAAGAGUUACGACCUGCCUUGGUGGUAAUUCGGCCUACAAGCACAACAGCUAGUAACAGAGCUGAGGAGCGGGAUGUAGUCAACUUUCCUCGACGGGUUAGACCCAUUGAGCCCGGCAAAGUGCGUAUGGGUUUCAUUCCUGAAGAAUGGUUCCAGUUCCUUUACCCGAAGACGGGUGUGACCGGUCCAUACAUGCUGGGUGUGGGACUAACAACAUACUUGUGCUCCAAGGAAAUAUUUGUCAUGGAGCACGAGUACUAUACUGGACUUUCCAUAUUUAUAAUGGUGGUAUAUGCUGUUAAGAAAUUUGGUCCUCUUGUUGCAAAAUAUCUUGACAAAGAAAUUGAGGAUGUUGAAGGCAGUUGGGUGAACUACCGCAAAGACAGUAUUGAAGGCAUAAAGAAUUCCAUCGAACGGGAGAAGGCGGCACAGUGGUCAGCUCAGGGUGAGAAAAUUCUGUUCGAUGCCAAACGGGAAAAUGUGGCUCUUCAAUUAGAAGCUGCUUACAGACAGAGGCUUGAAAAGGUCUACAGUGAGGUAAAGAAGAGGUUGGAUUACCAGCUUGAGACUGCUAAUGUCAAGACUCGCAUGGAACACAAGCACAUGGUUAACUGGAUUGUUAACAGUGUCAAAUCUUCCAUUACCCCAGCCCAGGAGGCUGCAGCCCUCAAGCAGUGCUUUGCUGAUCUGAAGUCACUUGCACCUAAGGCUGCUGCCUAGCUAUAAGAAGUCUUGAUAACUUGAGCUUUGGCCUUAUAGUAAUUGAACUUGAGGAUGCCAUGUAUUCAGUAAUGGCUUCAUCUAAUUCCAAUCCGUUCUGGUGUUUAUAAAUGUCAGUUCUUAUUUUCUGCAAGUGUAACCAGUGGCAAAACUUUGAAAGUGUAAAUGAGAUUUUCUUAUGACAUUGUAAAUGUACAGAUUGUGUAAAUAAAUAUGUUGUCACUCACCAAUAUUUAAAACCUUUGAGGUAGAAGUAAAGGAGUGAUAAUAAAUAAACCAUCACUGAAA